CAUGACAACCCACCGCUUCUCAGGUACCAAGCUGCCAACCCGCCCGCCGUUGUGGCCCCCCGCUCGUGCUUCAUCGUCGCUCCUUUAGUUUCCUCCCGCGCAGCCAAUGCUCCGUCUUGUUCGUUAUAGUCGUCGUCGCCGUCGUCGUCCUGAUCGUUGCACGCCAUGGCCGCCAUGCCGCGCAGGGGCUCGCGUCUGGUCCUCUUGACGGGCCUCGUCUUGACCUUGAUCGUCAUUCUGCAUCUGAUGCCCUCCUCCUCCCCAUCGUCGUCAUCGCCGUUGCCGCCUUCGUCCCGUCCCAGCGCCAAGUUCAAUCCCUCCAUCGACUGGACCACCGUCUCGCAAUUCCAUCCCCCGUCCUCCAUCAAGCCGCUGCCGACGGGGGCGCCCAAGGCCCUACCCCGCGUGCAGGCGCCGCACGAUGCCUUCAAGAGCUCACGCCAGACCGACGAGCGCAAGGCCGCCGUCCGCAAAGCCUUCAAGCGUAGCUACGACGCCUACAAGAAGCAUGCCUGGCUGAGGGACGAGCUGAUGCCCGUCUCGGGCGGCUUCAAGGACCCCUUUGGCGGCUGGGCCGCCACCCUCGUCGACUCCCUCGAUACCCUCUAUAUCAUGGGCUUUCACGACGAGUUUGCCGAGGCGUCGACCGCCGUCUGCAACAUCAACUGGGCCGACACGCGAGCCGGUGCUGCCAACAUGUUCGAGACGACCAUCCGACACCUUGGCGGCCUGCUGAGCGCCCACGACCUCAGUGGCCGCCAGGAUCUGCUCGACAAGGCUCGCGAGCUCGGCGAGAUGCUAUACCACGGCUUCGACACCCCCAAUCGGAUGCCGGGCUUUUGGUUAAACUUCUACGAGGCCCUCAAUGGCCAGCUCGUUGCCGGCAUCAACGACCCUUCCGCCUCGCCCGCCUCCUUGUGCCUCGAGUUCACGCGCCUGUCGCAGCUCACCGGCGACCCCAAGUUCUACGACGCCACCGACCGCAUUACUCGCUUCCUCGAGCGCACCCAAAACGAGACCCUCCUGCCGGGCAUGUGGCCUACCGUCCUCGACUUCCAGAACCAGCGCGCUCGCGAUAGUAGGUUCACUCUCGGCGCCCUCGCCGACUCCCUAUACGAGUAUCUGCCCAAGAUGCACGCUCUCCUCGGUGGCGUCGACGAUACGUACGAGCGCCUAUACCGCGUCGCCAUGGAUACGGCUGCCUCUCACCUCCUCUUCCGCCCCAUGCUGCCGGACCAGCGUGAUGUCCUCUUCAGCGGCGACUGGCACGCCAACGCCGGCGAGAAACUCAUCCCCGAGAGCCAGCACCUCACGUGCUUCGUCGGCGGCAUGUUUGGGCUCGGCGGCCGCCUCUUUGAGAUUAACGAGCAUGUCUCCCUUGGUGAGCGCCUCGCGCGCGGCUGCGGCUGGGCGUACUCGAGCUUCCCCACGGGCGUCAUGCCCGAGAUCUUCAACCUCAUCCCUUGCAAGACUCUCGAGCCGUGCGAGUGGGACGAGGAGCGCUGGCGCAAGAACUCAGACACCAGUCUGGCCAAAGGCUUCGCAAACGCCCGCGACCCGCAGUACCAGCUUCGCCCAGAGGCCAUCGAGAGCAUCUUCAUCCUCUACCGCAUCACGGGCAAGACGGAGCUGCAGGACAUUGCCUGGCAGAUGUUCCAGGCCAUCAUGCGCUCCACCGAGACGGAGCUGGCCAACUCGGCCAUUGCCGACGUGAGGGCCAGGGGCGAGACCAAGAAGGUGGACUCGAUGGAGAGCUUCUGGAUGGCCGAGACGCUCAAGUACUUCUACCUCAUCUUCUCCGCGCCGGACGUCAUCAGCCUGGACGACUACGUGCUCAACACCGAGGCACACCCCCUGCGACGCCCUGGUAGGCUCCGCGCAUCAAAAGCUUCAUGAAAACGAACGCGAGAGAGAGAGAGAGAGAAAGAUGGAGAGAGCCUUGCGGUGCAGGACGUCGCGGAGGCGUUUGCGAGGUUUGUCUGCCAAGCCACCAGCUGGCCAGCCCACCGGCCACCGCCCGCUCAGCGGAUCCAGAAACGGAUGGGAUGAGCGACGGCACGCCGAAAGAGAAGGAUUGCAUGGAUGAAUAAAUGAAUGCAUGCAUGGCUGGCGAUCGGGGCCUUUACAUUGUGCACUCUACGUAGAGGAGGAGCAGGGACGACACGCGCGCAAUAACCUGGUAUAGAGUCCCUCUCGGCCAUUUCGUUGGAUAGAAGCAGUACAAGGACCAUGUCAUGUACGUCAGACGACCGACCGACGGUGCUCGAGUCGACACGGACAUGCGUUUUUGGAUGACGGAUGAAUUGGGACAACUGGGAAAGUCGCAUGGCAGGUCAGCACACAGAUGAGAAGCUGCAUCGUAGAAG